AAACCUCAAUUAGUUUUGGUAAGCAAAACCAAGUGUAGUUUUUUCUCAGUAAAGAUGAAUGGGUCCUUUUUCUUGGCAAGAUAUACUUAACUGUUCACCAUAGUUAUGAAUAGUUAUUUUUAUGGUAGCAAAGUAAGCACGCCUGAAAGACUUUACCCAGGGCAGUAAUUUCCCACCUAUCGGGACGGAAAAUUAACAAACUGUUUCUCUAAGCUAACAUCGUGAAGUAGUUUGUCAUCCGGCUGUUUGGUUAAAUACCGUCGAAGGACCAAAGGUCACAAGUGGAAUCAUGGCAGAUGAAAACACACAGUUCUGUGGUAAUUGCAAGCAUGACAUUCCAGAGGCCAAUUUUACCACUCAUGAGAUCCAUUGUAGAAGAAACAUUGGACUCUGUGACGUGUGCCAGGAGCCAGUUCCCCACUCAGAGCUUCAGGAGCACAAGAUUCAAGAGCACACACAGAUUACAUGCAAGUGUGGACUAAAGAUCGAGAAGAAUCAAAGUGAAGUUCAUCAGAGCUCCGAGUGCCCUCAGCGGCUGGUCCCGUGCCCGUACUGUGAGCUGGAGCUUGUGUUCAGCCAGUCCAAGGAGCACGAGGAUUACUGUGGUACACGCACCGAACCUUGCCCCAACUGCAAGUGCAAUGUAAUGCUGCGGGAAAAAGCUGUGCAUCCAGUCCUGUGCGGAAGCCUAACACCACCCCAAGAGAGGAACAACAACAGGAUGGGCUGCGGUCAGACAGAGAGUCGGUCUUCUGAUGACUGGUUUGAGGCGCACUCGAUCAGAAACCCCCUGAGAGCGCAGGAGGGAGUCCCUAAGAACAAUAACAUCAGCGCAGCGGAACGCCCUCACUUUCUUCGGCCGUUUGAGGCCUCAGUUUACAGCGGCUCCAGUGGGGAUCGGGAGGCGGGGAGCUGGAAGAGUUCUCACAGUACAUCUAACCUCUUUCUUGGACAAGGUGAUUUUCUUCAUGGCGGCAGCAGCAGCGUGCGCCCUCCUGAUGAGGAGUCGUCGGGCCUCGACUACGACUAUAUGUUGGCCCUCAGCCUCCAGAGUGACGGAGAAUCAGCAGCUGGAGGAGCAGAGGACAGUAUGUGGAGGACUAUCUGGGAACGAGAGGACAAGAAGACUAACUCGUCAGCAAACACAUUUCCUCUGGCCCACAAUAAAAACACUAACUCACCUGAAGGGACGAGCGCAGUUCAGGCCUCCGGCCCAACAGAUACCAUGCUGCCUUGUGAGUUUUGCGAGGAGUUGUUUCCAGAAGAGGACCUUAUUCUGCAUGAGACCGGAUGCAGCCCCACCUCUGCGUUUGCAUCUUUCAGCAAGAAACCGUCUUCACCUCCUAAAGAUGACAGGAUGGGCAGGAAUGCUUCAUCAGGGCUGAUGCAGAACUUUCCAAACACGCUCGCUUCCAACAUUCCCACCUUCCCUCGGUCAGUCUCCCCAGCCUCUUACAGUCCUCCUGCCAGUCCACUAGAGGGCGACGUGGUUAUUCCAUGUGAAUUCUGUGGCGUGGCUCUGGAGGAAGCUGUUCUCUUUCACCAUCAGGACAAAUGUGACAUGCGGACCGAGGCUGGCCACCAGCUGAAUAACACAGCAAUCCAGAAGCCUCUGGGUCCUGCUGGAGAUGCCUUUGAACAGACGUCUGCAGAUAUUCAAAGAAUAAGGCACGAAGACCUUUGGGACUCAAGACUUGGACAAGCGUAUGGAGGAUGGGAUAGGAGGAUGUCCAACCGUAACAUCUGGGAAGCAGAGGACACUCGUUUCUUUCACUGUGGCUCUGACACCCCUGGUUCUGCUUCAGUACAGGGAUUUUAUAUGCCAGAAAACAAAGAAGGGACGGAGAACAGAACUAAGCCACCCAAGAAGCAGAAUGAGGAGCAGUAGGAAGAAUGUGAGCUGGAGCCUCUGGAGAAAACAAACGGACUGCACCUCCUCGUCUGCUUCACCUGUUUUUGCACACAUUUAAACAAUAAAGGUAUAACAACCCAAGUGCCUUUGAAAACCUAAGUAUCUUACAGUUUAUACUCUAUUAAUUUUUACAAACGUCUGAGUUGAUUUUAUUCUUGCUUUUUCCGCUUAAUUUUGCGUUUUGUGGUCAAGGCUGAUAAAUUAAGACAUGUAUUUUAUUAACAUUGUAUUAGCGUUUUUAUUGCUUGGUUCAUUUAAAACAAACCCAGUUGAAGUUAAUCUGCACCUUGUUUCUGCUGCCGGAGACGUCUUGGUUUUUAUCCUUGUGUUGUCAUCUUUUUGUUUCUGUCUUCAUCUAUUUAAAAAAAAAAAACAAACAAAACUUGGAUGGAUUUUUUUAAAGACAAUGUUGGCAACAGAUUGAAUUUGUUAGAAUAUGUUUCUCUGACCAAGAAAGUAGAAAUUUCUAAGCAUUAUUCUCACUUUAUACUGUUUAACACUCAUCUUUUGUAAUUUUCUGUAACUAAGUAAGCAGUGAUACUUUUUUUUAAUUCUAACCUACAGUCGUGAGAUAGCUUUAAAAGCAUAAUAUGAUGUUUUUGUGACUUUAACACAAUAGAAAUAUGUAUUAGGAAGCCAGAAAGUUUUAGUUAGUAGAGCUGCUGCAGUCCAUGGGAACACCUUUCAUUGUGGAUUUAGUGCACACAGCUGAAUAUUCCUGUUAAAAAUGAUGUAAUACUCUUUGUCUUGUGCUGUGAUUAAAUAUUUCAAUAGGGA